AUGCUCGCCGCCGCCCUCCGCUCUCCCCGCAACGUCGCCACCGUCGCCCGCGCCAGCGCACGUGCCUCGCGCGCCGCGCUCUCGACGUCGGCCAUCCGCCGCGAGGGCCAUGUCUACGCCCCCACCACCUUCGGCCCGGGAGCGAAGGCCGGCGAAAUCCCCACCGACCAGGCUCAGUCCACCGGUCUCGAGCGUAUUCAGACCUACGGAAACCUCCAGGGUGUCUCUGUCUUCGACUUGGAGCCGCUCGACGCCAGCCGUGUCGGUACCUUGAAGGACCCGAUCAUGGUUUUCUCUACUUUCCCUGAGCGCAUCAUCGGCUGCACUGGCUGCCCCGCCGAGUCACAUGAGACUCUUUGGUUCAAGGUUACGACUGAGGAGACCAAGCGCUGCCCUGAGUGUGGUUCCGCUUACGCGCUCGACUACGACCACUCCAUCAACGAGACCAUCAAGGUCGAGUCGACCGACCCCUUGCCGGAGGAGCACCACGGCCAUGCCCACUAA